AUGAAAGGGAGUCAAAAAGCUUUCAAAAUGUACAGGCUACUUCGGAUAAAGAGCACUGAAUUGGAUGGUGAAGAGGAGGAUGAAGCAGUAGAAACAAGAAGAGUUGGAGGAAGAGAAAACAAAUUCACAGAUUCCAGCAAAGAAUUGUGCUUCACUCCUAGUUUUUCUCUUCUUUCAAAAGAAGAUAAAUCACCUAUGCGAAUAUGCAUUCAAAUGAAUAUUCAUGCAAGGAUUUCUUUGGAGGAUGCUUUGCCUGACGAUGCCAUUCAACUAUACACUGAUGCUUGUGCUAUUCUCGAAGACGAUGGAAAGGAACAAAUGGCCUUUGAUCUAUAUCGUGCUGCCACUAGUAUUUACGUAAGACUUGAAAAGUACACAGAUGCUGCAACUUUCCUUUUGAGAUUGGACCUAGCAGCUGACAAGUGCAAUGCUAAAAAUAGUCAGUUUAAGGCGUACCUUAGUGCAAUUAUUGUGUAUCUUUAUGCUCAUGACUUGAAACAAGCAGAAAAGUGCUACAAUGACUGUUCUCAAAUUGAUGCUUUCUUAAGAAGUGAUGAGAACCGCUGUGCUAGUAAACUUCUUUCUGCUUGUACAGAAGGUGAUGUAGAAGAAAUCAAACGUGUAGCUCAGUCGAGUACUAUUUCCAAUCUUGACAAUGUGAUCAUAAAGCUUGCAAGAAAGCUGCCUACUGGUGAUGUUGGCGCGUUUAAGACUGAUGCUGGUAAAGAUGAAGAAGCACUGGAUGAAAAUGACCUCACAUGAA